UUACUAAAAGAGAGAGACAUAUUAUAUACUGUAGUCUACAGUAGCCAAAUUACACCCGGAAAGUCUCACCACCAAGGCCAUGGAGUCGAAUUGGAUCGCCGUGGUCUGUGUGCUCCUACUCGGUUUGAUGCAGAGCAGCCUUGGAGCGGAGCAGCGGGUCAUCCCUCCAGAGAAUCUCUUGGUAAUAACAGUAGCUACAGAGGACACUGAUGGCUUCACCCGCUUUAUGAGAACCAGCAAAGAGUUCAACUAUACUGUUAAGGUGCUGGGUCUAGGUGAACAGUGGAAGGGAGGAGACGUUGCUCGUACUGUAGGAGGAGGUCAGAAAGUUCGCUGGCUGAAGACAGAACUCCUCAAACACUCUGCCAAGAAGGACAUGGUCAUUAUGUUUGUGGACAGUUAUGAUGUAAUCCUAGCCAGUGGUCCAGAAGAGUUGCUGUGGAAGUUUUCCAGACUGGGUCAUCGGCUGGUGUUCUCUGCCGAGGGCUUCUGUUGGCCUGACCAGAAACUAGCCCCCAAAUACCCCCCUGUCCACACCGGGAAGAGAUACCUCAACUCUGGAGGGUUUAUAGGGUAUGCUCCAGAGCUCAGUGAGAUUGUUCAACAGUGGAAACUUAAAGACAACGAUGAUGACCAACUCUUCUACACUAAGAUCUACCUGGACAAAGUACAACGGACCAAGUACAACAUGACUCUGGACCAUCAGUGUGAUUACUACUUCAGUAUCGAUGCUGAUGUUGUCAUCGUCAACCCUGAUGUUCUCCGUAUCCUUAUAGAAGAGAACAAGUCAGUGAUAGCCCCCAUGUUGUCCAGACAUGGCAAACUGUGGUCUAAUUUCUGGGGAGCUCUGAGUCCUGAGGGGUUCUACUCUCGAUCUGAAGACUACAUCGAUAUUGUACAGGGCAAGAGAGCUGGUCUAUGGAACGUUCCCUAUAUAACUCAGGUCUACAUGAUAAAGGGGUUCUGGGCAGUCUUGAGAGGUAGACUGUCUCAGGUCAGUCUGUACAGUCAGGAGGGGAUGGACCCAGAUAUGGUGUUCUGCAGGGCCGUACGAGACCAGGGAGUGUUUAUGUUUGUGUCUAAUCGUGAUGAGUUUGGUCGUCUGGUCUCCUCCUCCAACUACAACACCAGCAGACUUCAUCCGGACAUGUGGCAGAUCUUUGACAACCCUCUGGACUGGAAGGAGAAGUAUAUCCAUGAAAACUACUCUAAGAUCUUUGAAGACAACCAGACCAUCGUGGAGCAGCCGUGUCCUGAUGUGUACUGGUUCCCAUCCUUUACAGACAGGAUGUGUGAUGACCUGGUGGAAACCAUGGAAGACUUUGGAGAAUGGAGUGGAGGAAGACAUACGGAUGAGCGUCUUGCAGGGGGCUAUGAGAACGUCCCUACUGUAGAUAUUCAUAUGAACCAGAUUGGCUUUGAGAAGGAGUGGCUCAAGUUCCUAAAAGAAUACAUCAGCCCUGUUACUGAGAAACUCUACCCAGGCUACUUCCCCAAGGCCCAGGCGGUGAUGAAUUUUGUAGUCCGGUAUCGUCCAGAUGAACAGCCGUCUCUCCGUCCGCAUCACGACUCCUCCACCUUCACCAUCAACGUAGCACUCAACAGCAAGGGAAUGGAUUACCAG